ACCAUUGAUGAUGUCUAUGAUUGUCUAAAACAGUGUUUGAAAAGAUACCAAACUGGCUAUGCCUAGGAGCAUCAGAGCAUAAAAAAUGAAUUUCUAGGGCUUUCAUAUUCAGCAGACCAACUUCAGAUAAUAACCCAAUGUUUUUGUCUCCUAUUUCUUUUUCAGUUUAUUCGGCCAUGUGAGCAAUUGAAGACCGAAGCAUAUGAGCCCGCAAAUGGACUGACAUUGACACCAUUGCUUCAGUAUUAAGUUAUUGCAACGUUGAAAUUUCAACUGAACUUCUAGCUCUGACAUUAAAACGCGUUAAGCAAUCCGAUUCAACUCCUUAUAAUCCCCUCCAUGAUUACAUUUUGUCUUCCCACCUCAAGAUUCAUUAUCCAAUCUUUCCUAGAAAAUCCCCAUAUCACCUCUCGUAGAUUUUCCUUCUCACCAAACAGUAACCAAUGGCACUGGAAUGGGUAGCGGUUGCCUAUGCUGCUGGAGCAGAAGCCAUGAUGCUCCUUCUCUUAACCCUCCCAGGCUUAAACCCCUUACGCAAUGGCCUUUUGUCUGUAACUAAAACCCUCCUGAAACCCUUCUUCUCAAUAUUGCCAAUUUGCCUCUUCUUGGUCAUGGACAUCUACUGGAAAUAUGAAACGAUGCCCUCUUGUAAGACCCUCAAUUCCUGCUCUCCAUCGGAGAAUAUGCGCCACCAAAAGUCCACUAUUAAGAGCCAACGCAACGCACUUUUGAUUGCUGCAGCGUUGGUUUUUUACUGGCUCUUGUAUUCUGUAACGAAGCUUAUUGAUCGAGUUGAGCAGUUGCAGUUUCAGAUCAAAAAGUCCACCAAAAAUGAUUGACACUUUGCCCGAGCACUAUCCUUGGAGAUUACCUCAAAUUUGUGCCUCGAAACAGCAUAGCCUUUGACUUUUUGAGAGGAUGUAUCUCUUUGUAAACGUGAUUGAUGUUUUUAGGCAUCUGGGCUAGUUUGUUUCUUGGCCUUUUUCUUGGCAAAUCAUGUCACAUCGAAAGAGUCUUUUUUUUUUUUUUCAAAUGUAUUUAGGCUAGAUUUUGCAAUUAUAUCGCCUUGUUUACUUGAAUGGAGACAGGAAAAGAUGGAUUUUUAUAUCUA